ACGAGAGAGACAGACAGACAGACAAGACAGAUGAGAGACAGACGAUAACAGACAGACAUCGUGAUCAUUGAUUAUUUUAUAAUAUAAUAUUAUUCAUUUAUAUUAAAAAAUGGAUGAAUAAAGUCGAAUUCUCUCCUGAUCCAUUAUUGAUCAUUGAUUAAAUGUCGGUAGCUAAGAACGGUCGGGUCACGUGACCGGCCCCUUUGACCCUUCCUCUCGCGAGACGUGACGCGGCUUUUCGCGAGAUCACCUCUGCAGCAACAAAUCGGCUCCGGUGCUGAGACAAUCUGCUCCUUUCUGCGGUAAGAGUCUGAUUAACGGCGGCGGGCACGGCGCGCGUGCACGGCGCACACAGACAGAAGGGCGUGGAGGGGCGUGCGCACGCGCCCGAGUGCGAGUGAUGAGAAUGAAGAGGUGCGUGCAACUGAAUGUGGAGGAGACAGAGGAUGGAGGAGGCUGCAGCCCGAUGCGCGCGACACCACGUGCACGCGCUGUGCCGUGCUGUUGUUUGGUCGCACGAGCGUCCGGUUUCCGGUGUGUGGAUCAGAGACGCCCCCCCGCCCCCACGUGUGUGUGUGUCAGGUGCUGCUUCACGUGCAGGUGACCUUCACAGAUGUCAGAGGUCACCUGCCCAGGCGUUGACCUCUGGUUCAUGACCUUAUUACACCUGAGCUCAGGUCGAAGGUGGGCGGAGUUUUGAUGAGCACAAUGUGACUUCACCAAUCCGUUUCUGCCCCCCCCUCCCGAAGCUGUCAGCAUGUAAGGAUGAUGACAUCAUUAAUCAAUCUGAUUGAUUGACAGAACAUUAAAACCAUGUGUUUUUUAUCGUAAACUUCACGUCCGUCAGUUCGUACGAACACAGCGUCUUACUGAAGGUGUGUAGACGUGAUGAGUGACAUCUGAACGUGCACGGGGAUAAUUAACGCCCCAAUAUGACCAUAUAAGGUCAUGAAGUGAUGAUUCAUGAAAAUGUCAUCAAAGAGUAAAAUGAAGAAGUUUGAAGAUUAAAGUUUUGUUUUCACAGAUUCACAUAGUUAAAGUCACUUUAUUGUCCUCAGGACCCGUUUAUGUCCUCAGGACCCAUUCAUGUCCUCAGGACUCGUUCUUGUCCUCAGGACUCGUUCUUGUCUUCCAGACAUGGAGGUGUCGUCUCACAGCCUCUUCCUGCUGCAGCAGCUCAACGUUCAGAGAGAGUUCGGCUUCCUGUGCGACUGCACCGUCGCCAUCGGUAACGUCUACUUCAAAGCUCACCGCGCCGUGCUCGCCGCCUUCUCCAACUACUUCAAGAUGAUCUUCAUUCACCAGUCCAGUGAGUGUAUAAAGAUCCAGCCCACUGACAUCCAGCCGGACGUCUUCAGCUACCUGCUGCACAUCAUGUACACCGGCAUGUGUCCCAAACAGCCGGUGGACCAGAGCCGGCUGCAGGACGGCAUCAAGUUCCUCCACGCCUACCAGCUGUGCCGGAAACCGGACGAGGGCGCCGCCGACGCCACCGCAGACGCCACCGCAGACGUGGUCCGCAUGUCCAACCUGUACGGCAUUCAGAUCUCCUCCCAGCUGGCCAACAAGGACGCAUCUGGAGUCCCCAAGACCACCAUAAUGUCCCGAGGUGCCCUGGAGGACGGACGCUCCUCAGGCCGGGGGGGGCGGUCCCACUCACAGCUGUCCCUCACCAUUGGACUGGAGGGGGUCCCAUCGGACCGCCAGGCCUCAGCACUUCGAAGCGUCUGCUCAGUGGCGUCCGGAGACGACUCGGACAUUUCGACAAGAAUCAAGCAGGAGCGGGUGGAGGAGGAGGACGCCGAGAGAGAGGAGGUGCUGGAGUGCAGCAGUCCCAGUCUCCACCCCCUUGUCCUGCUGUGUCCACGCUGUGGAGAGCACUGCUCGUCCCCCGAAGGCCUCCGGGAACAUCUGUUCAGCCACGCCCUCGACCCCGCCCACCUGGAGGAGGGGCUGGACGCCGGCGUGGAGGAAGGGCCGCCGGGGGGGCGGGAGCAACUGGACGCAGGAUGUCUGGAGGAGGCGCUGAGGCAGAGUCAGGCGCUGGCCAAUCAGCUUGCUGCUGAGCUGAGGAGGAGUCGGGGGGGAGGAGGGGGGAGCAGCCUCGCCCCCUCCCCCGCUGUCAUGCACUCCCGUAAACGUAAGAUCGCCUGCGCCGUGUGCAGCCUGCGCUUCUCCCACAAGAGCCAGCUGCAGGAGCACAUGUACACCCACACGGGCAAACCGUCCCGCUACCACCGCUACAACCGCCUCUGCAGCCAGCUCUUCCAGGCCUCCGCCCACUUCUGUGAGGGCGCCGCCGAGCCAGGGGGAGGGGGCAGGGCUCCGGCCUCAGCCGCCGCCGCCGCGCUCUCUGAGGAGACCAACAGGGACGCUCAGGACAAUGGCAGCUCCUGCUACUCCCUGGACUCUGAGGUCUCCCAGGAGAGCGUGGAGGGCGUGUCCGUGGAGUGAUGUCAUCAGGUGAUGUCAUGGAGAAAUGUUUCACCACAAGAUGGCGAGACUGAGCACAGAGGUGGUUCUGUUGUCAGAUCGUCAAGAGACGAUCCUGGAGUGUUCUGGACCUGUGCAGGUGUGUGUGUGUGUGUGUGUGUGUGUGUGUGUGUGUGUGUGUGUGUGUGUGUGUGUGUGUGUGUGUGUGUGUGUGUGUGUGAGAGUGAGUGAGUGAGUGAGUGAGUGAGUGAGUGAGUGAGUGAGUGAGUGAGUGAGUGAGUGAGUGUGUGUGUGUGUGUGUGUGUGUGUGUGUGUUUGUGUGUGUGUUGCGUGUGUACGUCAUGUGAUCAUCCUGCGAGGAUCAGCUGAGGCUUUGUUCCCAACUUCAUCUCCUCUAUAAGACAAUCAAUCAAUCAAUCAAUCAACCAAUCAAUCCACUCACUGAUGAAGUCUGUCCAUCACAUUGAUAAUGAUGUUAUUGAUUAUUGAUCGUGGACGCCUGAUGGUUCAGUCUGUCUGUCGACGUGUUUCUUUUUCAUCGUCAAUACGAUUUGUAAAUAAACGUCUUUUCCACCAAUCAGA